GGGAGACCCACGGUUUAAUCUAAGGAAGAAUGCUCGUGGUGUUUUAAAUGCCCAAACAGAAGAUUGCAUUUGUUUUAGACAGCACCAGGAAGAACUCACUCUACACACGCCAAGGAGCAUCCUGAUGGGGACCUGGAAAACGCUAUCUGAUUAUCCUAAAAGACAGCACCUGUGUAAGACUUCUUGUAAGUUUUUCUUGAAUCAUGAGGGAUGAAAUUGCAACAACAGUUUUCUUUGUCACAAGACUGGUGAAAAAGCAUGACAGACUGAGUAAACAGCAAAUAGAAGCCUUUGCAGAAAAGCUGAUCACAAUCUUGUUUGAAACAUACAGAAGUCACUGGCACUCUGAUUGCCCUUCUAAAGGGCAAGCCUUCAGAUGUAUCAGGAUAAACAAUAAUCAAAACAAAGAUCCCAUUCUGGAAAGGGCUUGUGCUGAAAGCAAUGUGGAUUUUUCUCACCUGGGACUCCCAAAGGAGAUGACCAUAUGGGUAGAUCCCUUUGAAGUGUGUUGCAGGUAUGGUGAGAAAAAUCAUCCAUUUACAAUUGCUUCUUUUAAAGGCAGGUGGGAGGAACAGGAACUCUCCCAACAAAUCAGUGAUGCUGUUAGUAGGGCCACGUUGGACUCCUCCCCGGGCAGCUCCUCCGAUGAAGAAGGUUGUAACCAAGAACCUCAGAUAAUUCCUAAAGUCAACAAUCCAAAGAGUAUUUAUCAGGUUGAGAAUUUGAAACGACCCUUUCAAUCUUGGUUCCAAAUCCCCCGCAAAAAUAAUAUGGUGGAUGGCCGUAUGGGCCUCCUAGAAAAUGCUUAUCAUGUGUUGCAUAAGAACCCUAAGGGUCAUAGGGCUGCUGCCAUACACCGGGUGGACAGGUACCACUGGGUCAACACGCACCGAUAA